CAGCCAGAAACAUCAAGGACAGCUCAUUCUUCUCUGACUCACUCUUCAGCCCUGCCUUCUGUACUAUAUGCUUCAGAAAAGGCACACGUAGAUUUCCCUGAGCAACUGGAACAGAAUGUAUCCAUGUCCUUCAACAUAUGUGAGCGCUGUACCUGCACAGAUAAGACCCUCUCCUGUACCGGUCUCAGUCCAGAGAAGAGGCUCCGUAGAGUGCCUGUGCUAGGGCCCAACACCAACAACACCUUCACCGUCCUAAAUUUCCAAGGAAACUCUAUUUCUUCCAUUGAUGGAAAUACAUGGAAGGCAUACCAUUGGGUUGAGAAACUAAUCCUCAGUGACAAUUCUUUGACUGAAUUACGUAAGGAUUCAUUUGAAGACCUACCACACAUCAAGUACUUAAUUCUCAAUCAUAAUCCUCUAACAACUAUUGAAGAUUCAUAUCUUUUUAAACUGCCAGCAUUAAAAUAUCUAGACAUGGGAGCAACACAAGUGUCACUUGGAACAGUCCAAAACAUCCUCCUGAAGACUCUUGAAUUGGAAAAACUGAUCUUACCUAGUCGUCUAGCCUGCUGCCUCUGCCAAUUUAAAAAUACUAUCGAGGUUGUCUGCAAGACAGUCAAACUACAUUGUGACAGUGAAUGUCCUACCAGUAGCACUCACUGUGAUGAGGAAGAGUCUAUCAGUAACACAGAAGGGGAGUUCAUGAAGGUUUUACAGACCCGAAAGAAGAUUACCAGCACAGAGCUGAUCAUUGAACCGGAGAAGCCCUCAUCAGAGAGAAACAGCCUAUCCCUUUUAUUGAAUGAGCAGUUAGACUUCAAUGAUGAGAGUGAUAUGCUUACUGGGCUAGAUUACAUAAUGCCUUUUUUCCGGGAUGGGAACAUAGAUGUUGAAUCAACAUUGCUACCCUUCAUUAAGCUCCUUUUUAAAGAUAUGCAAGAUGGAGCAAAUCCUCUGGGUCAUUUGAAGAACAGCACAGUUCCGAUUUCUCUACAGCCCGAAUCCAACAAUUCAACAUACAAUAAGUUAAAAAGGCUCCAUUUUCUAGAAAACUUGCUAAACACAGAAAUUCAAGAAAAAAUCCACAAAGCUAGAAAGAGAGAGAAAACUCCCAUGCUGGUCCGUUCCAGUCUUUUGGGGCCCAAAUUUAAACGCCAAAUCUUUCCUAAGAAAUUGAAAACUGUCGGGCCAAGGAGAAAAGGCUUAAGAAAGGUUCAGGAGGGGGAAAGGCAACCACUGCAAAUGAGCAGCACGCUCAAGGAUCCCGAGGGCCUCCAGAAAUGGCACUUCAAAGCAGAGGGCAAUCACCUCAGCCAAAUGAAAGGGAAGGCUCGGCCCAUGGCGGGGAACAUUGCACAAGAAAAACGGCACAGGCAGCCGGCCCCAAGAGAUCCAAAACAGUUUCCCUUGGUGGGGAGGCCCAGGAAAUUGGUGGAAAACUCCUUCAAUGAGGAGUCAUCCUUCAUUCAGGAGCACAAGGUGGCGGUCUCCACGCCCCUGAAACAGUACUCCAUGGGCAGCCCGUCUACCGCCACUUCUUCAAAAGUCCCACUCCAGGUUAAAAACCAAUCCAAAGACCUGAAAAAAACUCUGCUCGUCUUAGAGGACGCAGACGCUCGAGUUCGGAACAUGAAGUUCCCCCGCCCCGUGCCACACAUUGGAAAAAAUUACCGCUUUCAUAAAUCUUACUCUCAGUUGGGCCGCAGAAUGCCGAAAGCCAGAGUGAAUACAGAGACAAGAGAAUCAGCACCCAAGAGGCCAGUGCGGCCUCCUUUCGCUGCAAUGAAGAGCCUCAUCAACUCCCCGCCGCGAGAGGAGUCUCUGUCUGGGAGAGAUGAGGACAAAUCUUUGCCUGAAUCAUUUCUUCCUUCACACUCGUUUAUGGAAAAGAAGACUACAGAAAGCACGCGUGCUCCAAACAGGGGGAACACCAGAAACAUCACGCUGCCAGAGAAAACUGUCGGUAUCCAAAGCACCGUCCCUGAGGAGGAAGCCGGGAUGGGGGACAACCUAACUGUCAAACAAUCCAACGAGAUGCAGUGGGAAUAUCACAACAUGGUCACGGACAUCAUCAACUCUACCACACAAAAGCCCGACCCCGGAGACCAACUUGAGGCACAACUCAUCCAGAAGCUGCGGCCCCUUAUCCCCAAUAGUAAUGUGAGGAAACUCAUUGCUCAUGUGAUUCGGACUCUGAAAAUGGACUGCUCCGAUCCCCGGGUGCAUCUAGCAUGUGCCAAGCUCCUCUCCAGAACCGGCCUCCUGAUGAAGCUUCUUAGUGAGCGACAGGAAGUAAAGGUGUCCAAGUCAGAAUGGGAUACAGACCAAUGGAAGACUGAGAACUACAUCAAUGAGAAUACCGAAGGCCAGGGUGAGCAGAAACAGUCAGAGGCAAGUGAGCUCACAAAAGAAGUUCCAGGAUAUGGCUAUAACAACAAAUUAAUCUUGGCAAUAUCUGUGACUGUAGUCGUGAUGCUAUUGAUUAUAAUUUUCUGUCUCAUUGAGAUUUAUUCUCAUAGAGCAGAACAGUGUAAAGAUGGAAGAUCGAGGACCUUCUUUGGAUUAUUGCUGCAUAGAAGAAGUUCAAUGGAACACGAGAGUCAGGAGGGCUUUUUCUGGCGAAGAAGGCCCCUGUGGCUGAGAGACAUGUAUCGGCCGCUCAAUGCCACACGUAAGAAAAACAUGGCACAGAAGCUACACGACAAGGAUUCGUCUGAUGAGGACGAGAUGUUCAACAAAGAUGCACGGGAGCUCAGGGAGGCCGUAGUAGUGAAGACAGCAGAACUGACUCCUGAGGAGAAAGCAGCCAAGGAGACCAAGGGAGCACAGGAGACGCAGGAACCAAAGCGACCCCCACUUGUCCCACUGAAGAUGGCCGGCAACGGCACGUCGCCAGUAGGAUCUAGUCCCACGGGGACACCUGUGGCAGAGGGCAAGCCCCGCUGGGGGGCAGGCGACGUGCUUGCGUCAUCGCCGCCGGCGCUGCUUCCUGUUGUCAGGGGCCGGGAGGCCGCCGCCGCGUCGGGAGCGAAGCUGAGGCGCUGCCGCGGCCCUGAGCGCCCCUCACCGCUCCCGGCUCGCUGUGCCAAGGUGAGUGGCUGGUGGAGCCCAGCGCUUCGUGACAACCUGGAUCCAGCCCUGAAAUGUGCCCGAGCUCAGCGCCUCACCCCCGUGUCCUCCCGGUCCUCCUGGGCCGCCCAUCUCCGCUUCCUCAUCCGCCUCAUGACAAACCCAGCAGGGUCCUCGCACUCUGCCCGCGGCCUCAGCUCCGCACUCAUUGCCCGUUGA